GGGGGAGAUGCUAACCGAAGGCGGAGCUAGCUCGGACUCUGAGGAAGAACAGACGGACAGCAGCGAUGAUGCCCCCCUUCCCGACGCCCAGCUGGCUAAGAGGCCGGCAUCUGAGUCACCUCCCGACCUUACCCCCAAGGACCGGGAACCAGUGACUCCAGUGCGCGGCCUCCUGUAUGGAGACGCCUCCACCGUUUGGCGCAACGUGAGCCAUCCCGUCCUUCCAAACAGACUCCAGGACCUGUCAUGGAUGGUGGCUCAUGGGAUCCUGCCGGUCAGAGCCGUUAUGCACUCCCGCGGCAUGUCUGCAACGUCCAUCUGCCCCCGACCCGGUUGUGGCGCGCCGGAGUCGGUGAGGCCCCUGCUGUGGGAGUGCAGCGCUGCUGUGGACCUGUGGGCGAAGGCCGGCUCCUUGCAAUUCCCACACUUGCCAGCAAGGGAGGUCCUCCAUGGACAGCUAGUGCUGUACGGGGUGAGCCAGCAGAAAAUGACUAAAAAAGACUUCGCUGAGAGGUGGCUCACCCCAGCCACCAUCAAAGACGCCACUUGGACCUCCAGAAACUUGCUGGUGAGCAGGCGCAGGCAGAUGCCCCCCGUGGCUGUGAUCCGGAUGGCAGCAGCAAAAAGAGGAACACCAAGGGCUGCAGGUGGCGCGCCAAGGACACAGCCACCAAGAAGAAUCGCCUGCGCCUCCGUGGACGAAGGAGCCGGUGCUCCACGAGCAGAGGUCCAAGCAGCGGCGGCCUGGCUCUCCGGGUGAGGCAGGAGGGAAGGAGCUUUAGGGCGGGAUCCCCUCUGAGCACCAAGCGCUGUCUGGAAGGACGGGACGGCUCCGGACUUGGGAGGGAGUCACCCCGGUCCUGCUCAACUUUUAACACACAGAGAUUUUGUAUUUUAU